AUGUCCAUGCCUGUCCACAGAGUUUUCCCAAUGUCCGACAAUCAUGAACGGGAACCACAACUAGGGCUGCAUAUGGCCCAUGAACGCCAGGAUGUAUCCAUUUUUGGUUCGGCCAACGUAGCAGUACGGACUCCGGAGGGUUCAUCGAAUCGUCGGUGCGAAUUAUCUGUGCCAGGCGCAACCUCAUCUAGCGGUUUGGCUGGACGUACCGGUCUGCCCGAGCAGGAACGAGGAUUGCCCGAGAAUCAACAGUCUUGUCAGACUCAAGCAACGCAGAUUACGGCUACAUCAGCCUUUGGGGCUCUCUCAUCGCCUUCGAACGAGGUCGAGCCAGGGUCUACAGACGCAGGGCCCUUCGGGAAGGAAGAUCUUACUCCUCCUGCUCAUAUAUUUCACUGGGAACAUCAAGGCCCUGCUUCAUGCUUGUCGCUUUGUUCUGCACCUGCAGCGUCUUGGGUCCGCCAGCGAACUGGAAGCUCUGACUUUACUCAUGUAGCUCGGGAGCUUGUCAUUGGCUGGACUCGAAGAUGCAAAGUACCCAGUCGCAGCCUGCUCUUAGGACAACAGAAAGAACCGGAGGCUGACACGGCCUGGAGAUAUUGCACAGCUUACUUCGAUGAAUCCUUUGAAUCUGUGUACGGAUUUGUCGAUCGUUCGGAAUUUUUCCUCUAUCUCAAUGCUCACUUUCGCAAGGAUAAUAGCAUAGCAAAUGACCCAGCGUGGCAUGCCUUGCGAAAUACUGUAUAUGCGUCAGGGUGCCGCAUAGUCUUAUCCAAAGACGACUCCCUGCGCUAUUCGGAUAUUCAGAAAGAGGCAUGGAGCUACUUUCAAAACGCCAUGUCGGUCCACACUGAGUUGCUUUUCACAUUCACAAGCCUAAUGGCAGUAAGAGCUCUCAUUGCAAUGACCUUUUUUACUGAAGGAUUAGGCAGUCCUGCACUUCAGUACAUGCUAUGCUCGAAUGCGGUGCGUUUGGCUCAGUCGAAAGGGCUCCACCGCCAGCCGGCUCCGUCCUGGCAUAUUGAUGAAGAUCAAAUCAAUAAUCAGAGCUGGCUUUUUUGGGCAAUUUUCUACAGUGAGAAAAGUCUUGCUCUUCGCACCUCUCGUCCAUCGGCAAUUUAUGAUGAAGAGGUAAGCUGUCAGAUUCCGACAAAGGCGAUCCCUGGAAGCACAGAAGCAGAUGUUUCAUUAUUCACAUUCGUCAUUAAGCAUGCACAAAUUGCUUCACGAAUUUCUCGCCGGUUAGCGUCGUUUGGUUCUCUGCACCAGCCUAAACGGGACCUUUGGGCAAUAGCUGGAGAGCUUCAAGAUCAGCUUAACAGAUGGAAAGAGUCAUUACCUGUAGAUUUACGACCCCGGCCUGCAAUCCAGAUGUCAAGACUACCCUCUUACUCGCAGUCCUCCAGCCCUCGCUCUCUAGCGAUUCUUUCCCUUCAGCUGGGAUACUAUGCAAGCAUCGUGGCACUCUACACGCCAUUUAUGAAUCCCUGGAUCUCAAAGGCGCUAGGGGAGAAUGACGCCAUACCUGAGCAAGAGUUUGAGGCGGCGACAAAUGACGUUGCCGACGCCGCCCGAAACCUCAUCACUCUCAGCACGCAGAUUGAGGUUACCGCUGCCUCACCACAAUGGUCAGCCUUUACGUAUCCGCUGAUUGGAGUCACGAAUCUGUUUAUCCAUAUUCUCAAAGAACCAAAUCUUGCGUCAGCACGAGUAGAUUUGGCCCUUUUGGAUGUUGCGGCCGGUCAUUAUGGUCGGGUUGAGCUUAUCACCGAGUCAGACAUGACCUUUUCGUUUGCUCGAAAGUUGGCCGAAAUCGCACGUAAGGCUGUCGAGAAAGCUUCUGUUUCUGCAGAAGGAAAGGGUGUUGAAAACGGUGGUAACCACGAAGUAAGAGAAGAGCGUGAUGACGAAAACCUCGAUUCAACGCUCAACUGGCCACAAACCGAAGACUGGGUCAAUAUGGACUUCACACUGGAAGAUUGGUCAUUCUUACAGCCAAUGUUGGUAGACGACUUUUUGAAUCUGUAG